CGGUCACAAGACGGGCACGCCGAGUGGCCGAUAUCCUGAGCGAUUGCGAUGCAUCUGCCAGGACGUGGGCGCCAGCGCGGGAAAGGCGCAGCCGGGCCCCGCCCCCCGCAGUCCCAGCCACUUUGGCGCGAACCUUCAGUUCGCCGCUGCUCGCCUCGCUGCCGCCAGCAUGGGUCUGCCGCGCCCGCAGCGCCGUUGUUCAGGACGGAGAAACCUCACAGCAUUCCGAAAUACGAAACUGAUUCCCAUGGAAACAUCCUCGUCCUCUGAUGACAGUUGUGACAGUUUUGGUUCUGAUAAUUUUGCAAACACAAAACGCAAGUUUAGGACAGAUACUAAAGAAGAAAUGGCAAAAAAUUUUCAUGAAGCUUCUGAUGCUGAAUCCUGUGGCUUUUCAGAAAAUGAGAUUCAAGAUGCAUUGAAACUGGAAUCAGAUUCAGAGAAGAAUGGCAAAAGUGCUGCAAGUGAGGUAGCUCAGAGAAUGCGGAAAUGCUCUGUUUCUCUAAAAGUCAUGAAGUUUACACCUCGAAUAUCAGAGAGGAGGACGGCUGAGGUGGAACCUCUUCCUGAACAGCAAACGCCUGCUCCAGAUUCAGACUCUGAUUCAGAAGAAAAUGGUGCCAUGUUUUUAGAAAAAAGAGCUCUAAACAUCAAAGAAAACAAAGCAAUGCUUGCAAAACUAAUGGCUGAGUUGCAAAAUGUUUCUGGUAUCUUUGAUGGAAGAAAGUCGUUGCCAACUGUGAGUCAGGGACCAAAGCGACUUCCAAGGCAUUCAUUACCCAGAAGUGCUUUGAGGAGGAACCCAGACAGAAGUUCACGGCCUCACACAAGAUCCAGAUCCCUAAUUGAAGGUCCUCCUUCUCCUUUACCAGAAGAGGAAGAUGACCGGUACAUCUUGGUAAGAAGAAGAAAGAUGUCCGAUGAAUACCUGGAGCAUGAAGCCCAAACUCCCAGGAGGGGUCACCGUGGUGCCAUGGCUUUUCCACACGUUGUGCGCCCUGUUGAGGAGAUAACAGCGGAAGAGCUGAAUAACAUCUGUGGGUCUGCUAGAGAUAAAGUGUAUAACAGGGCCACGGGAUCCACCUGUCAUCAGUGUCGCCAGAAAACCACAGACACCAAGACAAACUGCCGUAACCCCGACUGCGUGGGAGUGCGGGGGCAGUUCUGCGGGCCCUGCCUCCGCAAUAGGUAUGGGGAAGACGUCCGAACGGCUUUGCUGGACCCGACCUGGAGGUGCCCACCCUGCCGUGGAAUUUGCAACUGUAGCUUCUGCAGACAGCGAGAUGGCCGAUGUGCUACAGGUGUCCUGGUCUAUCUGGCCAAGUACCAUGGCUAUGACAAUGUCCAUGCCUACUUGAAAAGUCUGAAACAAGAACUUGGAAUGGACGACUGAAGCUAUGACUGCCUUUAAAUUACAUUACUCUCUCACCAGUGUCAUGUUGCCUACAGUGAAUCGCUUUUAAUCAAAUUAAAUUCCAAAGCUAGUGCCUUCUUUCCUUCCCCUGUUGGGUAAAAAAUGACAAAGAAUUUUCACUUGCCUCGGUUCAAAUCAUAUUUGGAAGACCUGUUUAAUAGUCUUUGUGCACAUGCCAUUGUUUUCUUUUUAGAAACUUUGCAAAUCAGAUAGCACCAGUCCUUGCUUUCAUGCCAAUAACUCUUUUUUUUUUCUUUCUUCUUCCUGAAAGGAGAUGGGGCUUUAAGCCAUUAUUUUCACGCAGUGAUCUGUGCUUCAGGUUUAUAUAUGCUUUCAAGUUGAUCACAAAAAGAUACUGAUAUGCUGAAAAUUCAGGGCACUGUUCCCCACGGAACCAAGCAGUAAAGGAUAUGUGCUUCAGGCCAACUUCUGCUGCAGUACAGAUCUCACUGAACAUAAAUGAUCAAAUAGAAGCUAAGAAUUCUCUAAACCAACAACACGUUCUUAAGUUCAAACAGGAAGCCCUAAAAAUUGCAUUCAAAAAGUCUCUAAGCAUUAAUACUUGGUUUUAUAGAGUACUCAAAGUGCAUAUUGGCCAUUUUAAGGAUGAUUACCUGAGUAACUUAAAAACUACAGCAGAAGCAGCUGGAGGUGGCACUUCUUAUUUUUGCUCACAUGAUCAAAUGAUCAAAUAGAAGCUAAGAAUUCUCUAAACCAACAACACGUUCUUAAGUUCAAACAGGAAGCCCUGAAGAUUGCAUUCAGAAAGUCUCUAAGCAUUAAUACUUGGUUUUAUAGAGUACUCAAAGUGCAUAUUGGCCAUUUUAAAGAUGAUUACCUGAGUAACUUAAAAACUGCAGCAGAAGCAGCUGGAGGUGGCACUUCUUAUUGUUGCUCACGUGAUGCCAGUGCUGAAAGCUUCCACAGCACCAGCACUAGCAGCACUGCCUGGUGUUGACAGCGAUAGGAGCAUACUGGUGGUAUAUGCCAUGGAGUGACAGCUGUCUAAACCAGAAUACCCUUAGUUGAGUUACUGGUUUUGUGAGUUCUUUUAUUCCCUGCUCUCCCUGCAACUGACAAACUACUGCACUAGUCCUGGGGAAGAGGGAUGCUUCCAGACCAGGAUUUGAGUAAAGUAGAGGGAUAGUUGUUGGCAUUGCUGUUGGCCUACCACCAGUGGCCAAAAGGUGGUAACUUGAAUUUCCUUAUUUAGGAAAAGGGCCAGUGACAAAUAAUCACUGGAAUCAGAAGCCUGGCUUUUUAUUUUGUUUUUCCUCUGUAAAAUCUAAAAAGCAAGGACUUAGUAAGCCACAGUUCAAAGUGAGUGAAUUCCAGUUGCAUAGAGCAGUAUAAACAUAAAUACGGAAUGGUCUCAAGAGACACCCUGGCUGUAAUGUCAGAUGAGGAAGAAUGAUUCAUCAAAAAGGCCUUUAAAAAUAGAUAAGAAGGGGCAUGUAAUGGGUUGCAUACAGUUUGUGAAUGCUUAUGGAAGUGGUUAGUGCUGCAGUCUGUAGCUGGCUCCACAUGACUGUCAAACAGUAUUUUGCUUGUUGUUAACGAACUGAGUACAGCAAAACCAGCUCAAGAAUUCUUUGUGUGGAUAGGUUCUUCUGUGCUUGGUGCUCUAUAAGAGGAGACGCCAUGAAAACUGCAUCAGGAUAACCCCAAAGUGUAGAAAUGCCCUUAUUUUGGUUGUGGAGACUACUGUAUAAGCUCUGGAAUGCAGUGGUCUAAGUAACAUACAGGUGAAUAGUAGAACGAGCUUGUUUUUGUUGAGCGCUAGAACAAAACGUGGGGUUAGACUUUUCUGCUUGCAGAGUAUUUCCACUAUGUGUAUACAUAAAUGAUCCACAGUUUAUACCUUUCUGGGAGGACAAAGGAAUUUAGAAAUGAAAGAAAUUAAUGUCUCAGACUUCCAGUUUCAUAGCUCAUCUGUCCUAGUGAAAAUCUCCUGUCCUCUUGGUUUUUGUAGUGUGAGAGUUACACAAUCUGAGGUGGAGAGUGCUUUACUCUCUAGGUACAUUUCAUGAAGAAGGAACUCUAGACAUAUGUGUUCUGACAGAUAAGAGCAACUUUUCUUCUGUUUGCUGGACUUGCCUUCUAGAGCUUGAAAGGACUGUGGUAAAAGGAAACCCUUGUGUCCCAUCGGUGAGACUGCUGUAUUUACUCAGUUCUACUACGUUCUGUACAAAGUGUUUUAUUUUUAAAAUAAAAAACAUUGGGGGUUAGA